AUGAUCAUCAAACUUUUAACUAAGACACAUUUACCCUUAGGUAAAUUGAUAACCAAACGAGGUUUAAUAUAUAAAACCAAUAGUUUUAAUAACAUAUCAAAUGGAAUAAUAGGUCAUCAAACCAAGAAUGUUAAUUGGGGGAUAAUCAAUCAAUUCAUAAGAUAUAAUUCAUCAAGUAGUAAACCUGAAAUAAAGAAAGAUGUCAAAAAAGAAGAAACUAAAGCUUUAAGUACCCCAAGUACCACCAGCUUAUCGAAAGAAAAGGAACAACCCAAAAUGACAUUAUGGGAAAAAGUUAAGCAUGAAGCUAAACAUUAUAAAGAUGGUACCAAAUUAUUAGGAUAUGAAAUCAAAGUAUCGACCAAAUUAUUAAUGAAGAUGUUUUCAGGUUAUGCUUUAUCACGUAGGGAAUCUAAUCAAUUACAAAGAACUUUGAGUGAUUUAGUUAGAUUAGUUCCAUUUGCUGCAUUAAUUUUGAUCCCAUUUGCUGAAUUGUUGAUUCCUGUUAUUGUUAGAAUUUUCCCAAAUUUCUUACCUUCAACUUAUGAAUCCAAGAGUGACAGAAAAAUGAAGAGUGCCAAAUUAUUUAAAGCCAAAACUUCAGCUUCUGAAUACAUCAGACAAACUAUUAAAGAGAGUGGAUUGAAAUUAACUAAAAUCAAUGAUGAAGAUAGAGAAGCUUUUGUUUCAUUUUUCGAUACUAUUUCAAUGGGUAACACUCCAUCAAGAGAUCAUUUGAUCAAAGUGGCCAGAUUAUUCAAGAAUGAUCAAGUUUUAGAUAACUUAUCAAGACCUCAAUUAUUAGCCAUGUCAAAAUAUAUGAGUAUCACCCCAUUUGGUACUGAUUCAAUUUUAAGAUAUCAAAUCAGACAUAGAUUAUUAAAUAUCAUCAAAGAUGAUAAAGCCAUUGAUUAUGAAGGAGUUGAUUCUUUAACCAUUCCUGAAUUAAAAUAUGCCUGUCAACAAAGAGGUAUAAGUACUAAAAAUGUUUCACCUGGUAGUUUAAGAGAUUAUCUUGAAACUUGGUUAGAUUUAAGAUUAAGACAAAAAAUCCCUUCAUCAUUAUUAAUUUUGACUUCCACUUAUACUUAUGGAGAACAUCAUGAUAUUGAAACUUAUUAUGAUGCUUUAUUAGCAGUAUUAUCAUCAAUUCCUGAUGAAGUUUAUAAUGUUGCCAAAUUACAAUUAUCUGAUGAUUCCAAAUUGAAAUUAGAUAUCUUGAAAGAACAAGAUGAAUUAAUCAAUGAAGAAAAUUUAAGAGAAAAAGAUACUGUUACUCAUGUUAAAGAUGAAAUCAAAUUAGAUGAAUUAGAAGAAGCUAGUGAAGAAGGUAUGCAAGUUGAAAAUGAAGAUAGUGGAAAAACUGAAAACACUGGAAAAACUGAAAAAACUGAAGAAUCUUCGUCGAAUGAUGAUUCAGAACCUAUAAAAGUUGAUACUAGUGCCAAAUCAAAUUUAAGGUCGGAUGCUAAAGAGCAAAAUGAUAACAGACCAAGUGCUGGAUUUUAA